AAAAGAAUAAAAAUCAAUUAUUAAUCGUUUUGACUUUGAGUUUUUUUUUUUUAUUUUGAUAUAAUCUAGGGUUUUGAUUUGGGUAUUUUGUUGGUUUGAUUGGGUUUUUUAUCCGAUCUUUAAUCGUUUCGGUUUUGAGCCGAUUCGAUUCUGGGGUUUGGGUAGAUCGGUGGGGGUGAUUCGAAAGGUUGAAUUUGAGGUUGAUUUUGUGGGUUUCAGAAGGAUUGAUUCUAGGGUUUUGUAGAAGUUUUGAUUAGGGUUAGAGCUCUGAAUUUGGGUUUUUUUUCUUUUUUUUUGGUUUGAGAAUUUUGGUGUCCGGAUUUUGGGGGAAAAACGGAGGUUUUAGUUUGAAAAAGAAGCAGAAAAAAACAAUGUUAGGUGCGGGCUUACAAUUUAAUCGGAGUCGUAACGAUGAUCGGUUCUACAUUCCGGCGAAAGGCCGAAAUAAUUUUAAUCAAAAUCAUAAGAACCCUCAUCUUCAAAGAACUCAAAGUGAUGUUGUUAAUGGUGGGUUAGCAGGAGGAAGUCAAUGCAGAGAGAAGUCUGUGGUUACAGGAAGUAGGGAACCUGACAACCGGGUUGAACAGACCCCGGUGCCAGCCGCCUUGCCGGCUUUUGAACCCGUGGCGUUGCCUUUGAGUAAUGUAGAACGUUUUCUUGAGUCCAUUACUCCUUCUGUUAAUGCUCAGUAUCUCUCCAAGACUACUGUGAGAGGGUGGAGGACUUGUGAUGUGGAAUACCAGCCUUACUUCAUGCUGAGUGACUUGUGGGAGUCAUUCAAGGAAUGGAGUGCUUAUGGUGCUGGAGUUCCUUUGGUUUUGAAUGGCAGUGAUUCUGUUGUUCAGUACUAUGUACCUUCCUUGUCUGCCAUCCAAAUUUAUGUUAAGUCGAGGAGGCGCACUAGUGAGGACGGUGACGCAGACUGUUUUAGCAGGGACUCAAGUAGUGAUGGAAGCAGUGAUUCCGAGCGUGACAAGGGCUUAGCUUGCUCAAGGGGCCAACGGAGUCAUUAUAACCAUCCUAGUGAUGUUACUCUUAAAAUGGACAGAUUAUUAUUGAGAGAUCAGCAUACAGCGAUGCAAGAGGGCUUUUCAAGUGAUGAGGCUGAACCUGGGACUGCUCAAGGAAGGCUGUUGUUCGAGUUUUAUGAACAUGAUCCACCCUUUUGUCGUGAACCUUUGGCUGAUAAGAUAUCUGAUCUGGCAUUGCGUUUCUCGGAGUUAAAGUCACUUCGUAGUUGUGACGUACUCUCCUCAAGUUGGUUUUCUGUGGCAUGGUACCCAAUCUAUAGGAUACCUAUGGGACCGACACUGAAAGAUUUAGAAGCUUGUUUCUUGACCUAUCACUCUUUGUACACACCAAUGGGAGGAGCUUCUGCUGCCCAAGCUCCAAAUGUGAUUUAUCCCAGUGAGAUUGAUGGAAUUCCAAGGAUCUCUCUACCAGUCUUUGGACUUUCUUCAUACAAAUUCAGAGGGCCCUUGUGGAUCUCAAACAGUGGGAGUGAUCGUCAAUUAGUGAACUCGCUCUCACAGGCAGCUGAUAGCUGGUUGAGACAGCUUCAGGUCCAUCACCCUGACUACCUGUUCUUCUGCCGUCAUAGAUGAUGUUGAUAAGUAGACUGUUACUGUACAAUGCCUGCCAUUUUGGAGGAAUGUCUGGUCUUCUCUGAAAGACAUUGCCAUCUGAUCAAGGUGUCAGGUGGCUGCUGAGUUUAGAGUCUUUCUCUGACUUUUUCUAGUCAUCUGUAUAUCAAUGAGGUUAAAUAUAUCAAAAAUUCAAAAAAAAAAAAAAAAAAAAAAGGGAAAAUAACAAAAAAAAAAAAAAAAAAAGGUAAAAAGAAAACAAAAGAAAAAAGGAGUCAAAGGCGGUUUACUGCCAGUACAGGUGAAAGGUUUAGGUCUGGCUGGAUUGGGAUAGAAACAGGAUAGGUUUAGUUAAGCUAAAGCAUGGCUGAGGCAGACAAGGCUUGCAAUCAGGAGGAGCAGGCUUAGAGUUUAAUUUCAUUGUUAACUUUUUUUUUUUUUAGAUAUCUGCAUAUGGGAAACAGGCUUCUGGUUUUUACUAUUUAAAUCCCUUGCCCUAGUCAGUUACUUAAAUUUAGCUGAUCUAAUGUUUAGUAGGGGAUUUUGAUAUGUUUGUAACAGGAGUAUAUGAGCUUUUGUGCGGACUUAUUGUUGUCAUAUAUAUAUAUAUAAAGAGUAGUUUUAUAGUGUAAAAUAGAUUGGAGUUA